AUGACACCCUUACGGCUCCUGCCGCUGCUGGGCACCGUAGCAUGCCUAGACUACGCCGCGGACUUGGCAAGCUACCGCGAGAAAUGCAAAUCAAAACCGAACACGGCCUUCUGCUGGAUGGACGAUCCUGGUAACGUCGACGGGUCGUGCCGCUUCGCCGCGCGCGCCGGCCUGGUUUCGAUGGGAGCGAGCAGCGUGGGCCCGCGCCUCGACCUGCGCUUCGACAAUGGGAAAGCGUGGACGGCGGUGCCCCACGCGCUGACUGGUUCUAAAGCGCACGCCUUCUCCAGCAAACCGCGGCUGUGUGCCCUGGCGACCGAACAGACGGACCCGUCGCCCUCUCUCUUGUUAAUUGCGAACAACGUCGACUACGUGUUUAGACUGUGGCCCUACUUCAUUAAUAAAGUAAUGUGGGCGUCUUCGACAAGACACCGCCUUUCAAUCUGGAUCGGCGAGCUGCCCAAGAUCGUCGCCGCCAAGAGCGGCGACGGCUGUAGAGCCUCAAAGCAGAAGCAAUCGCUAUAUAGUAGGCGACUCAAGCAGAGCUACUACGGGUCGCCGCGGCAGAAGUCCAGCAACCACCACGCGAAGAUGCUCGCGGCCUACCGGUUGCUCGCCGAUCCUUAUGUUACGGGCCUGUACUACGUGGACAUGGACGCCUACGUGAGGCCCGAUGCCCUCUUCUCCUCCGUGCCUUCGUUGUUUCGCAAGGUGCACUAUGACGACGUGGUCGACGUGCUCUUCGAGAACGCGCGGGACCAGAGCCUCUUCUGGCACCUGCACGGCGACACGUUUUAUCUAAGGGACGUGGCUUUGUCUCGGAUCUUCCUCAAGGCGCGCGGGCGGCGUCCGAUUUCUUUUCACGCCAUCGCCUCUCGCGUCGAUGGCGUCGAGCGUCGAAGCGUGAGUACGCAAACGUGGGGGCGCCGAUGCGCGGAGAGUCUACGCCAUCGAGCAAAAUGAAGAGCGUCUCAAAACACAGGAGUGGCUCGAGCGGCGGUGCGGCUUCAAGGACCAGUACUCGCUCUGGCACGCCGUGCUGGGCAUGGCGGGCGCCGCGGGUUGCAUGGAAUACGACGGCGAGAUCUACCGCAACUUCACGUACCAGGAGGCGCUGCACAUCGACAAGAACGAGUGGAAGGCGCUGAAGAUGACCUGCGGCGGGCGCCAGAAGCGCUGCCCCGAGUUCCGCUUCUGCCGGGACAAGUACGACCUCGCGCGCCAGCACUUCGUGCACUCGAACAUCGACGCGGGCGCCACGCGGCGCUUCCGUUAUGAUGUGGGCGGCGGCUGGCGCGCCGACGUCGUCGUGGCCGACCUUAGUGGAGGCCCCGAGGGCGACGACGACGCCGUCGACAAGUCGGAUUUGCUGGGAAUGCUCGGGCUCCUGCACGUCGGCGCCGACAGGGUCCUCGGGCAGCUACCUCCACUUGAAGAAACGCCGCCGUCGUCCGGCGUUUCGGUCGGGUGGCUCCUCUUCCUCCUGCCCGGCGUCCUGGCCGCGGCGUGGCGGUGUCGGUGUCGUCAGGAACCGGAGGACGAGGCGUUCUCGGCCUACGGCACGCGACGACCAGCAUUGCGGAAAUUCAUAUAAAUUUGAUAGUCUAGAUAAUUAUUACGAUGUCGACCGUCACGCGUCCUUCUGGUGCAUCCAUCCGCCCUUGAAGCGCAUGAAGAACGCCGCGCCGCCGAUGAGCGCCAAGAUGAAGAGCUGCCGCGUCCGCUCGGUCGCGGGCUCGUACGGCUCCAGGGAGUCGGGCAGCUUGCCCCGCAGGCCCUCGGGCACGAGGUCCCGUCGGCAGACCAGCACGGUCACGGUCACGAGGCUCGCGCAGUAGACGACCGUGCGCAUCAUUUCUGCUACUACACCGGCGGGUUGCGGCAUCGUUGCUAGGCUGCUGCUGUGCUGCUACGUGCGCUUGCUGCAAAGCUAUGCCUCUCCGACAGCGCUGUUGUAGAGCGCCACAAGCCCGCUCAGAGCGCAGCGUUCGAUGCACGCCGAUGAUUUUCGUUGCUAUUAUGUUAAAUCGUACUCCACACAGCCUAACUAUUCGUGUGCGAGGCACACUGCGAGAUGCGUCG